UGGGGUGAAGUAGUGCACCAUGUGAAGUAAAACGAGUGAAUUUGAUUGGUCAAGAUAAUUGCACCAUUUCCACAGGCAGUGGUGGUUAUUUCUUCCUUAACAAUCUCCGCUUGGAAUAAUUCGCUGGGGGGCUUUUUUCUGAGCUGUAUAUAAAAAAAAAAAAAAAAUAAGAAUAAAAUUUUUUCUUCACCUGAACAAUCAAGUACUUCCUUCUUCUCUUUCUUUCUAACAAAAUCAACCAUGUCCAACCACGGCGAAACCUUCUUGUUCACCUCUGAGUCUGUCGGUGAAGGUCACCCUGACAAGAUUUGCGAUCAGGUCUCUGAUGCUAUCCUCGAUGCCUGCUUGGCCCAGGAUCCCCUUUCCAAGGUUGCCUGUGAAACUGCUUCCAAGACUGGUAUGAUCAUGGUCUUCGGUGAAAUCACCACCAAGGCUCAACUUGACUACCAAAAGAUCAUCCGUAACACCAUCAAGCAGAUUGGUUAUGAUGACUCCUCCAAGGGUUUCGAUUACAAGACCUGUAACGUUCUUGUCGCCAUUGAGCAACAGUCCCCUGAUAUCGCUCAAGGUCUUGUCCAAAAGUCCUUCAACGUUGAGGAUAUUGGUGCUGGUGACCAGGGUAUCAUGUUUGGUUAUGCCACUGAUGAGACUCCUGAGUUCAUGCCCCUCACUGUCAUGUUUGCCCACAAGUUGAACAGAAAGAUGGCUGAUCUCCGUCGUGACGGUACCCUCGGUUGGUUGCGCCCUGACUCCAAGACUCAAGUCACCAUUGAGUACAAGAACGAGAACGGUGCUUUCAUCCCUCUCCGUGUUGACACCGUUGUCGUCUCUGUCCAACACUCUGAUGAUAUCUCCACUGAGGACCUUCGCAAGGCCAUCAAGGAUCACGUUAUUGACUCUGUCAUCCCCGCUGAUCUCCUCAAGAACACCACCUACCACAUCCAACCCUCUGGCCGUUUCAUCAUCGGUGGACCCCAGGGUGAUGCUGGUUUGACUGGUCGUAAGAUCAUUGUUGACACCUAUGGUGGUCACUCCUCCCACGGUGGUGGUGCCUUCUCUGGCAAGGAUUUCUCCAAGGUCGAUCGUUCCGGUGCUUACAUUGCCAGACACAUCGCUGUCUCUCUCGUCGCCGCCAAGGUUGCCCGUAGAUGCACUGUCCAAUUGUCCUACGCUAUUGGUGUUGCCUCCCCAUUGUCCAUCUUCGUUGAGACCUACGGUACCUCUGACAAGUCUCAAGCCGAGCUCGUUGAGAUCGUCAGAAACAACUGGGACUUGCGUCCUGGUGUCGUUGUCAAGGAACUUGACUUGUUCAGACCCAUCUACCAAAAGACCGCUGCUUACGGUCACUUCGGUCGCCCCGAGUUCACCUGGGAGCAACCUAAGAACCUCAAGCUUUAAACGACCUAAAAGCGCAUGGUGUUUUCAACAAACCAGCCUAGAGGUUUACCUGUGUAUAUCCUUAUUUUCCCAAAUUUCUUCUUUUUUUUUCUUCUUAUACAAUCAUGCACACAUCAUAGUAGAUAAUUUCUUUGUUUGCAAACUCAUUCGUCAUUCAACAUGACGACCCGACAGUACACCCGGGUGGAGGUGUCGUAAUACAAAAUAAAAGUGUUUUUGACGCAAAAUCA